GCCGCCCCACGGUCCUGCCAGCAGAGUUUUCCGUCCAGUGUCAGAGCAACACCGAGGACCACCUGACGGUAAGUCCGGACUAAAUGGAAGCAGCGGAGAAAACUCUCACUUACCGAGAUGACACCGGACUUCCCAGCAACAAGCUGCUUAACCUGGGCGACAAGGACCAGCGCACGGAGACGAACAGCGACGAGUCCAACUAUGUGGACCUGGACAUGAGACCCGACGGGCUGAAGACGGUGAAAGUGACUUUCACCGGAGAGGGGAACCAGCUGUCCGUGAUCAAAGGCGACAGCUCGAAGCAGGAGGAGAGCCAACCCGCUUCGACCGAGUCCCUGCUGGGAACCCCGACCAGGAUCAUCCCGGACUCGGGGAGCGAGCAGCAGGCUGAGCCCGACUCCAGCGAGUGCAGCGACGGCGGCGAGCUGCGCUACACCGACAUGUGUCUGAACGGCAGGAGCGACUCCGAGCUGUCCGAGUCGCACUACAUCACCACGCACGAGAUCCAGCUCACCGAGCUCGACCACGACGUGGACUACGACCUGGGCCGGGGGACGCGCUGGGAGUUCGAGGACGGCAACCUGGUCUACGCCUUUGUGGAUUACGCCUCCUUUGAGAGCGACGAGACCAAGGAGGGCACCCUGAUCCUGGAGGGGGCCCGGAGCCAGGCGAAGGCGCAGUCUAAUCUUAGCGGAGCGGCUGUCAGCACCGAGCAGGAGGAUAGCGAUCUGUGCGCCAGCUCGGAUGAGAGCCUGUGCAGAGCCCAGAGCGGCGGGGAUCCCGCGGCGGGGAAAGUCCACCUGUCGAUUCAAACCGCCUCCAGGGCGGUGAACGACCCGGUUGGCGUCUUUGACCCGAACGCGCGGUGGCUGUCUCCGAAACACCUCGGAGACGGGAGCCACUUCUCCUUCGUGAGCCCUGGCGUCAGAACGGGGCCCCUGUGCGAUAGCGGUCAAUAUUUCAUCCCGGCUCCGGGCCGUCAGCACCUCGCAACCAAACUGAGACGGAAAGAUAUUAAUGAGUAUUCCAGCGGAGCGUCCAGCUCCAUCAGCGAGCUGGACGACGCUGAUAAAGAGGUGCGUAACUUAACCGCCAAGUCCUUCCGAAGCUUGGCAUGUCCAUACUUUGAUGCCAUCAAUCUCAGCACUUCCAGCGAGUCCUCCAUGUCAGAAUAUGGCCUAAAUAAGUGGUCAGCGUAUGUGGACUGGAAUUAUGGCAACAUUACGCACAAUGCCUCCGGCGCAACGCUGGAAAUGAACAAGGCUGCGGAGAGCAGGAGGAGUAACAGAAGUAAAACUGGCACCAAAGAUCAACAGACACGGAUCUGUGCACUGAACAAGAGGAUAACCUCACAGCAGACCGCAUCUUCAGGCAGAAAGCUCCAAAUGAAAGAUCAGGCAGUUCAGCAAGGGGUUACCCUGAACUUUCACUGCAAUGUUGAAUCCAGAACUCCCAGGGGCCCCAAGGGCGUCCAAAAAGACGAGGUGUUGGCCAGGUCGGGGUGUGAGAUGCAGUAUCAUCACACAGAUGGCUCGGGGGACACGCACAAGAGGGCUAUUUUUGCCUCCAGCCUGCUGAAAAACGUCAUUUCCAAAAAAAUGCAGUUUGAACAGGAACGCAAAAUGGAGAGGGGGGAAAUCUCAGACACGUACCCCUCAGUCUCCCCCAGCCUUCACAUCAAAGAUCUGGAGGGUGUGAAGGAGAGGAGUGAGAGCAGAGGCCUUCAGGGGCAAACCCCAGAAUUAGGAUUCCCUGCGAACUCCCCGGAUGAUCACAGGUCCAGUUCCAGCUCCUGUGGGCCUGCUGAGGAGACACAGGGUGACAAGAAGGCCACGGAUGGUGCAGGGGAGCCCCAAGAGGCACGGCAGGAGCCACGGCUCGGGAAAGAGGCAGAGCCUGCAUCUGUGAAAGACUCCCAAAGCGCCGCCACAGGAGAGCUGGACACCAGCAGCGUCCUAACCAAGCUUCUCUUUGUUCCAAACUGCCAGCUCCUUACAAAAGACGGAAGCUUGGCAGGGGAUUUAACCUCUAACCCAGCUGACACGGGCGCGGAGACAUGUGAGAAAGAGCUGCAGCAGGAGGGGGACAAAAUGGCAGAGGGCAAAGAAAAAAACGAGAGGGUGGGGAAAGCACCCGAGAUCAAAAUCUGCCUGAGAAACGUGAAAGAAAGCAAAGGCUGCACACUGAAUAUCGCAAAUCUCCUAACCCCCAAAAUCAGUUACAACGUCGACAGGUUCAGGGCGGCGGACAACGGCAGGUGUCAGGUUUUGUCCUCAGCGGGCAAGGUUCCGAGCUUCACCGUCAGAGACAUCAGGGACACCAAGUGCAAGUUUCAGACGCCGAUAUAUCACGUCAGGGAUGUGCGUAAGCUGGUGAAAAGCUCAUAUCGUUUUGUCUCUUUGGACAGAAGCGAUCGCAGAUGUUCCACAGCAGCUGAGGAGAAAACCAAAGCGGAGCCGGAAAAACCCUCCGCGAUGGUGAUCAAAUGCAACUCCGUUAAAACGAACCUCAAACCAGCGAAGGACGACACGUCGCAGUCACAGGUGGAGGUGGACAACCCGUCUGAGACCUCCAGCCGAGUUCCCGCUGCCGCGACCAAACAAGGGAAUCCCGAUCAGCCUGAGGUGCAGCUGAAUCCCGAGGCCAAAGUGGGCAAACAGAGACAGGACAGGUUUACCGGGGAGACGAACGAGAGAAGAAACGACCCCGCGGUGCCAAAGCAAGACGCCUUGGAGAAGCUCAAAGCCGCGGUCAAAACCAUGGAGCAGCUUUACGUUUUUGACAGGAACGAAUGGAAGCGUAGAACCCAAGCCUCUCCCUCGCUCGCCGACAGCCGCGUGCUGCCUCUCCUCAGCAAGCAGCCGCAGGGAGCUCUGGACGACCAGGAGGCAAAAAGCGGCGCCAGGGUUCCGCCGUGUCUCACGAACGGCAAAGAACCACAGAAGAACCAAGGCGAUAAAAGAUCUCUGAACAUAAUACACGUCCCGUACGACCAGGACACUUUCAAAACACAGGCGCAACAAAGUCGAACCUUCACCAACAGAAGCGUGCUCCACUUUGGCAAUCAGAAACGUGUUGACUCGCAGGAUUCUGCCCUGCAGACAUCGUCUGCAGUGACCGGCUCCAAAACGUCGAUGGUACCGCCGGUGUCGGCAAAGACGGCGGAGCAGAACAAGGCCAAAUCCAGCUCUGCAGACCCAGCCGUUGCAAAGGGUUGCUCGGACUCUGAGAACUACCUAACCAUACCAGGGCUCGGGUGCCCAAAUGAAGCCAAGCUGCUCAACCAGAAGCCUGUGGCGGCAGAGGCGGAUUCGAGCCUUAGCAAAGCCAGUCCUGGGGAUAGCAACGUCUCCGAGCAAAAGAGGAGCCCUGCAACAGCCGACUGCCCGUCUGCCACCAUUUACCAUCUUCCGACGACCGCGACAAGUCCUCAGAAACAGCAGCAGGUAUUGUGUUUCUCUCCCACCCACCCGAAUAUGUCCCCCACACCUUCUGGAGGAGAACCAGUCACUCAAACCCAGCGCAAGAUGCUCCUGGACCCGACGACUGGACAUUAUUACUUAGUGGACACCCCCAUACAGGCCACCACCAAGAGACUCUUCGACCCUGAGACGGGCCAGUACGUGGAUGUCCCCAUGCCUCACUCCCCCGUGGCGCCUCUCACGCCCGUGCCGUUCCCUCUGCCCCCCCUGGCUCUCACCCCCACCUACAUGGUCUACCCAGGCUUCAUCUCUCCCACGCUGGCCGCCCAGGCAGUGAUGUCGCAGUCGCCCUGUCACUCAGAGGAUGCAGCGGGAGAAGGCCUCAAAACCAAAGCCCUGAGCCCGGGGGCGGAAAAGGCGUACUACAGCGCAACAGCAGAGGCUCAGCAGGGGCCGCUUCACUUGCCCCUGAGUUUGCCCGCCAAAGGAGGGACGGCGAGCUCCGACGGAAAGGCACUUAUCAGCAUAACAACGCAGCAGGGUCCAAGAAUCAUCGCGCCGCCCUCGUUUGAUGGAAAAACUAUGAGCUUUGUGGUUGAGCAUCGGUGACCAAGAGGACUUCUCUUCAUUUAUAUAACUCUGCCGAGGAAUCCUGCCUUCAUUCACUGUAAGUGGAGUUUAUACCCCUGUGACCCGCUCUCUGGACAAUCUCCACCAUCGGGCCUUCUCCUGUCUCUCCGUUCUGCUGUUUGCUCUUGUGUUCCGUAUGCAUUGUAGCACUUUAUAGAUAUGAAUCGUAGAGAUACUUUCCAUUCAGGUGCUGUGUAGAUUGAUCUGUAUUUAAAUGCCAUGUGUGCCCUGCAGUCUAUUCAAAAGGAAACAAGACAGUUCUGUCUCAAUAAAGUGUUAUUUAUGGCCAAUCUGUUUUACUAGUACGUUGUACGGUGAUAUGUGUUUAAGGCGAGACUGUGUUUGUCUUGAAGAGACAAAAUAUGCUCAUAUAAAGAAACCAAAGGGUAGCGUCAUUAAAAUCAAAGCGUUUGUUUCUAAAACAUCUUCUGCUUUAUGACCUUAUAUACUAGCUAGUUAUCACUGACGACACAGGCCAUAAUGUUAUGAUUUUAAUGGAGGUGUCAUAGAGGUAAAACUUAUUCCAAACAGAAUUCAGUAUGGAGACACAAGGUUUGCUAUUGAUGCCCUUUGUUGCCUUCAUUUAUAUAAAAUUAUCUAAAAAGAUGUCAUUGUUGUCUUUGUGGUCAAGCAGGCUCUAAAUUAGUAGAGAUUGUUCAUUUGAAUGCAGCACGAAUAAAGCCUAUAAAUAAUUGCAAAUUAAAAUGCAAUCUAGCAAAAUAGUAAAUUAUUGGGUAAAUCUGUUAGCUUGCUGCAAAUAGCUUCCAAUGUGAUCCUCGGUGUGUUUAAAAAAUCCAUCAACAGUCACCGGUGCUAUGCCGUAGCUGUCGAGGUUUGAGGCGAAUUCUCCACACUAGUCUAUCAGGGUAUAACUGGACUAUGGGAAAGCCAAUGACCAACAACUCGGGCAUAAAGUCAAGGUCUCACAGAUGUCCAACAGUCUUCUUUGAGGGUUAGGGUUAUGCUUCAAAUCCAGUGUACUUUUAAAAAAUCCUUUCUAGUUAUGACCAAGAAGCAGAAAUCACUCACUGCAGAUGCAGAAGUGCUGCAUCUCUGCUUCGCUUUUAUGGGUUUUUAGUGAGCUUGGAAGCAUUUUUAGUGUGGUGUUUUCCAUUCGCUUGAAAAAAAAAUACUGGAACAUCCACAAAAUUUCUGAAUUUCUGACUUAAAGAUUUUGAGAUAUCUCACAAAAUAACACCGGAAUCCAACUUGGCUGCCACCUCUGUAGCGAUGGAUGCAGUUACAAACACUUUAGCUGGGAUACGGAUUGUUUGCGCCUCAUUAUCUCAGACACACGCGUACAACUGCGAACGACUUGUGAGGUCAAGGAGUUGCCUCAGUAACUAACUAUACAUAAAAUGCUGAGAAAUACAUUAUUGUUGGCUAAUAGUGGCUAACCUGGCCUCUGAGCACAAUAGUUAGCAAAUGCUUCAGGUGGAAAGACCUGAAACUUCAUCAUAAUUAGGUUGGAGAUCUGACCUCUCCCUAUUUAACGAUGACCUGAAGUAAAUUAAAGUCACAGAGGUCUUUUGCAACUCCAGCUGCUGUAAGGAGAAAGCACAUGUUUUUGAAAGAAACUAGACCCAAUCAUCUGGAAUAUAUAAAAAAAAAAAAAAACGCUGGUCUUUCAAUUUGGAGAGAGGCUGGGACUAGAGUUGGGUACCUUUCCUUUAGGCCGAUGUUGGCUUAGCGCAUUUAUCAUUCUGUGCGUUGUAUAAUGUGUGCCAAAAUGAGAACCUUUUUUACAUAACACAAAGGUAUAAGGCAGAAACAGAUAUAUUAUGGAGCUGAGUAGCUUUGAACUAAUGAUCUGUCUGUUGUCCCUCGUAUACGGAUAAAUAUAAUUCUGACCUUAAUUCUGACCUAUCGACAAUAUCUAUCGGGGCUCUUGUUCAGAUUUCUGUGGAGGUAUUCCAGACACGUCCCAGUAGAAAAAAAAAAAAGAUCACAGGGUGGGCCCAGAAUACUCUGAAGGAAUAACAUACCCUGUCCUGCAUUGGAAUUUCUCAAGGUCCUCCAGGAAAAACAAGAAACGUUGCUAAACGGAGAGGGACGUGUUAGCUGUACAAUCAAGGGGGAAAAAGUUCGGAUUAGCACGUGUUAUUCCGACAAUAGUAUGCCAAAGUGUAAAAUGGACUCCGGAUCCCCAAAAAGUGGUGUUUGAAUACAGUUUGAGAGCCUAGGCCCCGGAUUUUUGACUUAUUAUGGUUAUUAUAUGGACAUUAUAGUCAAGCAAAUAAAAAGAAAAACAAUUUUGCGUUUCCUGAUUAAAGUUGGUGAUGCCAUGGGCUUACUGCUAGAUAAAAGGCCCCUGAACUUCUUCAAACAGUGUAGUUUGGCAUUUAAAGAAGAUAUAAACACUCUGCUGGGGAUUUUUUUUUUACACUCAUAUAAGGAUAGGGACCAUUCAUCUGUACUGCAUGUCCAAUCCCACCAAAUCUUCUGCUAUAGUCCAUUGCCUUUUCAAAAUUUGUUACAUUUCAAACUCAUUUCUUUCCAAGUAAAUAUUAAUCAUAGCAAAAGAAUCUGGUUUUCCUUUGUGUGCGCGAUCGCUAAACACGUUCACAGCAACUUUUUCCAGCCACUCAGUGCCUCUGCUGGAGGAAACUCCUCAUUGCGACUUGUAAAAUGCUCCUAAUGCCCACCGGCACAAGGUGUAUAGAGAGUGUUUUAUUAUUAUUUUUAUUUCUUUAAUGCGCACCACUUGCCUUUGCCAGCGAGACGAGAGAAGGAACACCGUGUUUGUUCCUGGGAUGAAAACAGAGCUGCGACUCGGAUUUAGCAGUGCGCUCAGGUCACUAUAAGUAGUGUUGGGCCUAACGAGUCGGAGCCAGCCGAGACAUUUACAGGAUAACUUCCUCUAUUUGUCUUGGUUCAGUUUACACUUUUGUGUAAUGAGAUGGGAGCUGGGGUGUGUGUGCGUGCGUGCGUCCGAACGUGGCCGUGUUUGCGGCCGUGAGCUAUGCGUGGCAUUCGAGCAUUCUGGGAGCACAACGAGGAGUUGCGUUACUUCCCUGCAAACAGGAUCACAGAGAGUUUACGCGUGUGAAGUGUGUCUUUACGAUUAUCGCACACAGUUAUGUACCGGGUUCUACAAAUCACUCUGGAGCAGAUUUGUGGGUGCAAAACUCUCAAUCGAAUCACCGGCUAAAAACAGUCAUUUUUUUCCCCCUUGAUUGUGUCUUUCUUGGUAUUAAAGUAAAUCAUAUGUUGAGCUUUUUUUUUCUGUCCUGUUUCCAACUGAAUACAUAGCGGGGCUCUGAACACAACGCCAACCGUAGGUUUUCUAUUAGCAGAAGGUUUCAAAACUGAACACAAAAGGUAAUUGGAGCUGCUGGUCAGUCUACUUACCUCCAUUAAAAAAA